GAUUCUGGUGUGUCAACUCCGACCUCCACCUGGAACAUACGAUUCGGUCACAUUCUACCGCUCCAAUCUCCUGAGUUCGCCGCGGGUCAAGAGACCACCUUUGAGGUGGAUUUGCGGGGCAGUGGGGAACCAGUGGCGUCAACAGCCAAGCACUCCAUCUUCCGUCGUCGCACAAAUCCCGCAGCCGGAGACAUCGACCCCGCUGAUAUCGUAAGCCCUGUGCCUGACCUCAAGGAUCCCAGCGGUGAUAGCGAAGUGGUCACCGAAGCUGACACCAUCUGCCCUGAUGCCGCUCGCUGUCUGAGCGAGCUGACACCGUUUGGAGCAAAGUUUCGUCUUUCCUGUACAAUCAGACCCUCAACAGCCGAAGAACAGGCCACCACCGUCUUUGCGGCAAACGAGGACAUCCGGGAGGGCUAUUUGUUUGUUUUCUUCUUCCUCCAUCGUAAAUUUAAUCACCUGACCCUGCUCAAUUACGACGAAGGUGUCGUCCACAUGCCGAGUCCAGAAUUUCGGUUUAAAGUGUCGGAAAACCAGCGAAUACAAUCGCUGCAAGACCGCCUCGGUUAUGAGUCUGGAAAUAGGCAAACACAUGAGCGUGCUUUUUACCUGCUCGUAGAUGGUUCCGUUGGCGGUCAAGUACAUCUUGAGAUAGAAAUUUCGGAUCUGGAGCAUUUGGGCAUGCCCGAGCCCGCCGAGCAGGAGGCAGUUCAAAUUGCGCAGACAAGCACAGUGGCUGCGUUACCGGCCGCUUCCCCUGCAUCCGAUGUACCCAAAGCGCUCCCAGUGGAAACCUUAGCCAGUCGCAGCGAAUCAAACGCUGCGGAGUUACCGCCUCACAUCGAUCCAACCAACGCUCUGGCUCGUACCUACGAUCAGUUUAGCCAAUACCCUCCACCACCGCAGCAGUACAUGCGUGGCCAGCCACAACUGAACUACCCCCAACCCCCCUACGGUGCACCGCAAGCAUUUUACGGACCGUGGAUGAACGCGGAGAACUACGUCAACCCACUGCCAGUGGUGUAUGAGCCGCUGAAUCCCAGGCAGUUCUCCAUCCCACCCUUUAUUCCAGGCGUUCUGGGACAAGCCUUUGCCUGCCCGUCUACCACAAACGCCAUUGGUCUCUCUCGUCUGGCCUAUGCACGCAUAUACUCCUCCGGUGAGUUUAUCGCUUAA